AAAUGUUCGCUAGGAUAUUUAAUUAAUUUAUCAACAAAGCAACUUAUUUGUAUAGAAGUGCUAUCAAUAACGCAAUAAUAUCAAUAGCAACAGAGCUAAUUACAUCCUGUUAGUUGUCCUCGCCUACUUGAAUUUUUAUCAAGCAAGUUAUCGGUGGAGCGGUCUCUUAUCCAAGUGAAGCUGUUACAACCUCAUCAUCAUGGCAUACAUUGUGGAUCUCCGGUCGGACACCGUGACGAAGCCCACUAAGGCUAUGAAGCACGCCAUGGCGAAUUCGGCCUUAGGUGAUGACGUCUUCGGGGAAGAUCCUACAGUGAAUGCUUUGGAGAGCAAGAUCGCCAAUAUGCUGGGCAAGCAGGCCGCGCUCUUCGUUCCCUCUGGGACUAUGUCCAACCUCAUAGCCAUUAUGGUGCACUGCAAUAAGAGAGGAUCUGAGGCUGUAGUGGGAGAUCUAACACACAUCUUCAAGUAUGAACAAGGUGGCGCAUCUCACCUGGGCGGUGUAAUGCUGUCGACGCUGCCCAACCAGCCAGACGGCACUUUUUCGCUAUCGGCGCUGGAAGCGCGCGUGCGCGGUUCAGACAUCCACGAGCCGCUUACAGCGCUUGUCUGCAUUGAGAAUACGCACAACGUGUGCGGCGGGAAGGCACUACCCCUGAAAUGGGUAGACGAGCUGGCCGUGGUAUGCAAGAAGCACUCGCUCCCCAUCCACAUGGACGGAGCUCGACUGUUCAACGCGUGCGAGCAUCUAAAGGAGUCCCCAGCUCGGGUGGCGCGCGACUGCGACAGUAUCUCUGUGUGCUUUAGCAAGGGGCUGUCGGCGCCUGUGGGAUCUGCGCUGGUCGGCUCUUACCACUUCAUUGAGCAGGCGCGGCGCGUGCGCAAGAUGCUAGGCGGCGGCAUGCGGCAGGCGGGAGUUCUGGCGGCGCCUGCGCUUGUGGCGUUGGAUGAAAUCGUUCCCAAGCUGGCCCUGGACCAUAAGCGCGCGCAGAUUCUGGCUAAAACGAUCCAAGGCAUGUUCCUGAAGUCGUUCUCCGUGGACCCAGAUAGCCAACACUCCAACAUCGUACUGGUGCGGAUCCCACCUGAAAGUCCUCUCACUUCGGAUGCGGUGCUACAGAGGCUAGAGCAAGUCUGCCUGGCUGAGACGCAGGGCGACUGCAAAACACCAGACGACGAGGGCGUGAUCGUAAAGGGCACAUCGUUCAACAGUAAGACCAUCCGCUUCACGCUGCACCACGACAUCGGCGACGAGGGUCUGUGGCUCGCCAUCAUGAAGAUCAACUACGUGUUCAGGGAGAUGGACGCCAGCCAGUAACAUAACCUGAUCUAAAGCGGGGUUUAGAAUAAAGCCUGGUCUGUGAGCACG